CGCCCCGCCAUGGCGCCCGAGGAGAGCGCGGAGACCGCGCGCCUGCUGCAGAGUUUCGAGCGCCGCUUCCUGGCGGCGCGCACGCUGCGCUCCUUCCCCUGGCAGAGCCUAGAAGAGAAACUAAGGACGUCAUCAGAUUCCGAGCUGCUGCUGGAUAUUCUGCAGAAGACAGUGAAACAUCCUGUGUGUAUAAGGCAYCCACCGUCGGUGAAGUACACCCAGAGCUUUCUCUUGGAGCUCAUCAAAAAGCACGAGGUUGUCCACGCAGAGCCUUUGGACGAGCUGUACGAGGCGUUGGCAGAGGUCCUGACCACAGAGGAGCCCACCCAGUGCCACCGAAGCUAUGUGCUGCCUUCGGGAGAUUCAGUCACCCUCUCGGAGAGCACAGCCAUCGUUUCCCACGGCACCACGGGCCUGGUCACGUGGGAUGCAGCCCUCUACCUCGCAGAGUGGGCCAUGGAGAACCCAGCAGCCUUCAGGCACAGGUCUGUGCUAGAGCUGGGCAGUGGCGCUGGCCUCACAGGUGUGGUCAUCUGCAAGACAUGCCACCCCCGAGCAUACACCUUCAGUGACUGUCACAGCCGUGUCCUCGAGCAGCUCCGAGGAAACGUGCUUCUCAACGGCCUCCCACUGGAGCCGAAGGCCACUGCUGACUCAGAGAGCCCCCUGGUGACGGUGGCCCAGCUGGACUGGGAUGAGGCAACGGUCCCUCAGCUCUCCGCCUUCCAGCCAGACAUUGUCAUCGCAGCAGACGUGCUGUACUGCCCAGAAGUGACCCUCGCACUGGUCGGGGUCCUGCAGAGGCUCUCUGCCUGCCAGAGGGACCGGGUUCCUGACGUCUAUGUGGCCUGCACCAUGCGCAACCCAGAGACCUACCAGCUGUUCACCACCAAGCUAGGCCGGGCCGCAAUCCGCUGGGAGGCAGUGCCUCCUCACAGCCAGAAACUGUUCCCCUAUGAAGAGCACUCGGAGAUGGCAGUCCUGAGACUCAWGCUGUAGCUUCGCCAUU